UUUAAUCAUCUCUUACUUUACUCAGAUUGCACAGAGUGUAUAUUUGUUAAUAAUUUGAAUUAUUUUGGAUAAGGAUAAGUGUAAGAUAAUGAGUAAUUUCAGUUUUACUUUAUAAUUUUGUUUAGCGUAAUAUUUACAGUUAAAUUGUAUUUUCUUUCCUUAUUUAAUUUUUACGUACUGUUCCUUUAAUACAUGAUAACUGGGCACGGGGGGAGCAUUCACGACGGAGAGUGUGGAGUAACGGGGCUCUAACUAGCUGUGGAGUCAAACAGUUUUCUUACCGUGUUUGCAGUGUAACUGAACAUUCAAACGGAUUACUGUGUUUCAAGACUGUGGAAAUAAAUGUUUGCCUGUUUGUUUUUCAACUACAAGCGGACUUUGUGGAUUAUGUUCAACUGCACAAGGACACGCGUACGGCCCGACUACCAGCUAGUGCUUCCGCGGUAAUAUUCGUAAGAAAACUGACUCCUCGCGGCCGCAGUCUUUGGAUUGGAAAUUUAACUGCAACACAGGGACAUGAAAUACGAGGAGAGGAUUCACCAGUCAGCCCUUCAGCACAGAAAAUGCAGCCAGCUGUGGUACAGACUGAUCAUCCCAGAGCGACUACUGAGGAUUGUGGUGGUGAGCAAAACAGGAUGCCCAUCAUCCAGCCUCAAUCAGCUAACUCUGUACAGGUAAAUCAGCCAGCUAUCAGAAAGAACAGCCACUGUUCUUCAGGCAACAGUUCUUCUCACUCAGCGGGUGUAGAAGCUUCACAGACGUUGUUAGCUGUUAUGCAACGACAAAACGACAUUGCAGAAGUCCUUGCAACGCAACAAAGACUUUCUACUCUACCUCCUCAGAACAUUUCCAUCUUCAGUGGGGAUCCAUUGGAAUAUAGACUGUUUAUCAGAGCCUUUGAGCAUGGAGUAGAGUGUAAAACAGAAAGCAGAAAGGAUCGUCUUUACUUCUUGGAGCAAUACACUUCCGGACAGCCCAGGGAGCUAAUACGCAGUUGUCUGCAUAUGGAUCCAGAAAAAGGCUACUGUGAAGCAAAAAGGCUUCUGAAAGAGCACUUUGGCAACGAAUACAGGAUUUCGGUGGCAUACAUAAAUAAGGCUCUAGGCUGGCCUCCAAUAAAGACAGAGGAUGGUGAAGCCCUCAGCGCAUUGGCACUAUUCCUCACCAGUUGUGGCAAUGCAAUGUCAGACAUGGAGUACAUGGAGGAGUUGGAUAACGUUGCCAACAUGCGUGCCAUUGUGAAUAAGUUACCGUACAAACUCAGGGGAAGGUGGAGGAGUGUUGCCUUUGAAAUAGAGGAGACAGAAGCUCGGCGGCCUAAGUUUAUGGACCUGGUCAAGUUUAUUAACACGCAGGCUAAGGUAGCAUUACACCCAGUGUUUGGAGAUAUAAAAGACAGCAAUAAGGCACCAACCAAGUCUCCACCAAAUGUCACUUUAGUGAGGAAGAGUGGCAAGACCAUUUUUACAACAACAGCCACACCUGUGAACCACUCGGGCAGCAUCGAUGCAGAGGCAAAGGGAGGAAAAAAGGGACUCACUAAUCCUACCUCCGCAUUCAACAAGCCAUGUUUGUUUUGCCACAGUGAACAUACCAUGGCACAAUGCAAGAGACUGAGGAAAUCUCUACACAAAGAGAAACUAGAAUUUCUUCGAGAGAAGGGACUUUGCUUCAGCUGCUUAAAGCAGGGCCAUAUGAGUAGGUCUUGUGAGGAGAAAUUGAACUGUGAGCUCUGUUCAUUGACUCAUCCAACUGUGUUGCACAUCAGGAGCAAGGAUAAGCCUGCACCAAAGGAGGAGUCACCAGAACAUGAUGAGAAGCAGUCUGUGAGCAGUGGGUUUGUAGAGACAGCUAAUACACUAUGUUCUGGUACUGGGGCCGGGGACGCAGAUAGCAUCCUUGCUAUUGUUCCAGUCCAAGUUAAGGCAAAGAAAGGCGACAAGGCGGCUAUCACAUAUGCUUUCUUAGACCCAGGCAGCACUGCAACGUUUUGUACCGAAAAGCUAAUGAAUGAGCUCAAUCUCAGUGGAAAGAAAAUGGACAUACUGUUGACAACCAUGGGGCAACAGAAAACGGUCAGCAGCCAUCUUGUUACAGGCCUAGAGGUUAGCAGCCUAGAAAAAUGCAACUUCAUUGAGCUGCAGGAAGUGUUUUCUCAGAAGGCAAUCCCAGCUGAUAAAAGGAACAUUCCACUGCAGGCAGACGUGGACAAAUGGCCUCAUCUAAAGCGGGUGCGAAUACCCUACAUCAAUGCAGAAAUAGGUCUGCUAAUCGGAACUAAUGUACCAAGGGCUAUGGAGCCAGAGGAAGUCAUUCACAGCAUAGACGACGGACCCUAUGCAGUAAAAACAAGCCUUGGCUGGACAGUGAAUGGACCGCUGCGGGAUGGCAAUCGCAGAGCUGCAAGGAGCAAAAUAGUAACUAUCAAAUCAAAUCGAAUAUCCGUGGCCAAACUGGAUGACCUGUGGAAACAGCAGCUCAGAUAUGACUUUCCUGAAUGCAACCAGGAAGAGCAACUGGAGAUGUCUAGGGAAGAUCUCCAAUUCAUGGACAGUGUAACACUUUCUGCCAGACUGGUUAACGGACAUUACUGCAUCGGUCUACCUCUUAAGAACAAAGAGAUUCAAAUGCCCAACAACCGAGUGCUAGCAGAACAGCGUGCAUUGAAUUUGAAGAAGAGGCUUCUGAAAAACCCCACAUUUUGCGAGGACUAUAGUGCCUUCAUGAAGGAUCUGAUCUCCAAGGGCUAUGCCGCGAAGGUUCCUGACAAAGACCUCGAGCGCAGUGAUGGAAAGGUUUGGUACAUCCCACACCACGGAGUGUACCAUCCCAAAAAGCACAAAAUGCGUGUUGUAUUCAACUGUGGAGCUGCCUACCAGGGGUUCACGUUGAAUGGGCAACUUCUUCAAGGGCCGAACCUUACCAGUACUCUGAUUGGAGUUCUCACAAGAUUUCGCCAAGAACCUGUAGCGGUCAUGGCUGAUGUGGAAGCCAUGUUCCACCAGGUAAAGGUUCCACCAGAAGACACAGACCUCUUAAGGUUCCUGUGGUGGCCAAAUGGAGACCUUAAACAAGCUCUGGUGGUGUACAAGAUGGUUGUGCACCUAUUUGGCGCAACGUCAUCACCAAGCUGUGCCAGCUAUGCUCUGAGACGGUGUGCUGAGGACAACAGGGACCAGUUUGACAGUACAGCUAUUGAAACUAUACUGCAGAACUUUUACGUGGAUGACUGCCUGAAGUCAGUUGGCUCUGAGGAUGAAGCUGUGUUGCUUUUCCACAAUCUGAAGGCGGCCUGUCAAACGGGAGGAUUCAGGUUGACGAAAUGGAUAAGCAACAGCCGUGUGGUGCUGGCAUCCAUUCCUGAUACUGAAAGGGCAAAGGAAGUUAAAGAUCUGGACUUGGAUCAGGAUGUACUGCCCAUAGAGAGAGCACUGGGAGUACAGUGGUGUGUCCAGUCGGAUAGCUUCAAAUUCCGAAUUGCCAUUCAAGAGAAACAACCCACAAGGAGGAACAUUCUCUCUACUGCAAGUUCCAUCUACGACCCACUAGGCAUCUUGGCGCCAGUGGUUCUGCAGGCUAAAAGGAUUUUGCAAGAGUGCUGUAGGCUAAAGAUUGGCUGGGAUAGCGUCAUUCCACAACAUCUUGCUCAGCAAUGGAAUGAAUGGCUUAACGAUUUGGAGUUACUCCAGGGGUUUGAAGUUAAGCGAUCUUUCAAGCCAGCACAUUUUGGAGGCACUUCAUUUGCUCAGCUUCAUCAUUUCUGUGAUGCUAGUGAGGAGGCUUAUGGUACUGUAACCUAUCUAGUACAGAAAAGCUGGAAUGGUCAAGUCCAUUGUUCCUUUGUUAUGGGGAAGGCAAGAGUUGCACCACUCAAACACACCACCAUUCCACGUCUGGAAUUAAUAGCAGCAACUAUGGCAGGACGAAUGGACAGGAUGUUAAGGAAAGAGCUACAAAUGCAGCUUGCAGAGUCGGUGUUUUGGACUGAUAGUACAGCGGUGCUAAAGUACAUAAACAACGAGACAACAAGGUUCCGCACCUUUGUCGCCAACCGAGUCUCUCAAAUCCUAAAAGUGUCCGUGGUUUCUCAAUGGCGACAUAUCAACUCACAUCUCAAUCCGGCUGAUUGUGUCUCAAGAGGACAGAACGUAGGCCUUUUCCUACAGAACCAUGUCUGGAUUUCUGGACCAGACUUUCUCACGGCACCAAACAACAGUUGGCCAAAGAAUCUUAAUCAUCUAGAAGCUCUUAACCCAGCAGACCCGGAGAUCAAAAAAAAUGUGUCCAUCAGCACCUUCGCAUUAAAUACAGGAACGGAUGUACUGCAGCAGUUGAUAGAACACUACUCCUCAUGGAUACGCCUUAAGAAAGCUGUGGCAUGGAUCCUUAAGGUAAAGAACAUCUUGCUGGUUCGAGCCAAAGAACGACUAGAACGAACUGCUGACACUGCACAAGACAUCAGUAAAGCACAGAGACAGCAAAGUCGAAACCUGACAAACAUAAGGUUAAGCCACCGCAAAGAAAACCUCACAGUGGAUGACUUAAAAGAAGCUGAACUUGAGAUUAUAAGCCACUGCCAAAGACAAAAAUUUCAAGAAGAAAUCACUGCCCUACAAAAGGGUGAGCCUGUUAAAAGGAGCAGCCACAUAUACAAGCUCAAUCCGCUUCUUCAGGAUGGGAUCUUGAGAGUUGGGGGAAGGCUCAGUCGCUCAGCCUUGCCAGAAGAGUUCAAACACCCCGUCAUUCUGGACAAGAGCUUAAGGGUGUCUGAGCUCAUUCUACAAGAAAUACACAAGGAGGUGGGUCAUAGCGGACGCAACCAUGUCCUGUCCAAGCUACGGCAAAGGUUCUGGAUUCCCGGAGCAAACAGCGCUAUCAGGAAAGUUCUUUCCAAAUGCACUGUGUGUCGACGAUUGCAUGGCAUCGUUGGGCAACAACAGAUGGCUGACUUGCCACAAAACAGAGUUACACCUGACGAACCGCCAUUCACAAGGACAGGAGUAGACUAUUUUGGGCCCUUUGAGGUCAAACGUGGAAGAAGCACUAUGAAGAGAUAUGGUGUAAUCUUCACCUGUUUGGCCAUUCGAGCUGUACACUUAGAGGUAGCAGCAUCUUUGGAUACAGACUCUUUCAUCAAUGCUCUUCGCAGAUUUAUCGCAAGAAGAGGACAAGUGGUAGAGCUGCGCUCAGAUAACGGGACCAAUUUUGUCGGUGCAGAACGAGAGCUUACGAAGGCUAUUCAAGAGUGGAACACCUGCAAAAUAGAAAGCACAUUGACGCAAAAGGGCAUUAAGUGGAUCUUUAACACUCCAGCUGCUUCUCACCAUGGAGGGGUAUGGGAACGUUUGAUUAAAUCGGUCAGAAAAAUCCUUAGUGCCACCCUUAAAACUCAGAAUCUGGAUGAGGAGAGCCUUCAGACAUUUCUCUGUGAAACCGAAGCAAUCCUCAACAGUCGGCCUAUUACUACACCCUCCAAUGACCCUAAUGACUUGGAGGCACUCACUCCAAAUCAUCUCCUGCUCUUGAAAGCAAGGCCAUCUCUUCCUCCAGGACUGUUCCAGCAGGAGGACAUUUAUGCCCGCCGAAGAUGGAGGCAAGUUCAAUAUAUGGCAGAUCUUUUCUGGAAGCGCUGGGUGAGAGAGUAUUUGCCUCAGCUUCAGACACGGCAGAAGUGGACACGGGUGUCUAGGAACUUUGUGCCUGGAGAUAUCGUUUUGCUCGUGGACGAAACUGCACCGAGAAACUCUUGGCUCAUUGGUAGAGUCACUCAAGCCAUGCCGGAUGAACAUGGACUUGUUCGCAGGGUUCGUGUGAAGACCAAGACCAGUGAACUGGAUAGACCGAUCACUAAGGUCUGUCUGCUCCUAGAAGCAGUAUGAGUCAGUGGUAAAGACUGCACUCCAACGGUAUGUCAUGUACUGGUGACCUCUGACAUCAGAAGAAAGAAGAAAUUAUGUUGUAAGGACUGAAUGCCUAUGCUGUUGAACUUGAUCAUUGUGCCAAAUUGUUAAUAAUUGUUUAUAAGUUUAUAGAACAAUUAGGGGCCGGGAAUGUAUAAGAUAAAGGUUUAAUCAUCUCUUACUUUACUCAGAUUGCACAGAGUGUAUAUUUGUUAAUAAUUUGAAUUAUUUUGGAUAAGGAUAAGUGUAAGAUAAUGAGUAAUUUCAGUUUUACUUUAUAAUUUUGUUUAGCGUAAUAUUUACAGUUAAAUUGUAUUUUCUUUCCUUAUUUAAUUUUUACGUACUGUUCCUUUAAUACAUGAUAACUGGGCACGGGGGGAGCAUUCACGACGGAGAGUGUGAAGUAACGGGGCUCUAACUAGCUGUGGAGUCAAACAGUUUUCUUACCGUGUUUGCAGUGUAACUGAACAUUCAAACGGAUUACUGUGUUUCAAGACUGUGGAAAUAAAUGUUUGCCUGUUUGUUUUUCAACUACAAGCGGACUUUGUGGAUUAUGUUCAACUGCACAAGGACACGCGUACGGCCCGACUACCAGCUA